UUGACCAACGACCAGAGACAAGUCUCACCUGGUGCUCAUCAUCCUCAAAUUCGCCGUUUCGCGGCUUGAGACAAGCAAAUUCUGUGCACUGUGGUCGUUUGGAGCCAUUGUCGCGCGAGCUCCGUUGCUGAUUCGCAAAUUAUUAGGAAGCAUGGACUCGGCAAAAUGGGUGCCGAGUCCUCGUCACAUACGAACCGAGCUCGCCAACGCGUUAGAUGAGCAAAAUUCGGCUACAACGCGCAUUGACUGUGUCGGAACAGUCAACACAGCAAUGACUCACCAAAGACUCGUCUUCGACGCGGGGGGACUUGGAUUUCCACUUAAAACCACUCACGACCUCCUAUGAAGCUCUCCUUCCACUUGCGAGUGAAGCCCUAAAUCGAAGACCUCCUCUGAUUCAAACACCUACCCUGAAUCGAAGACCUGCUCUCCUUUCAUUCUUCUUCUCUUCGUCGUCGACUUCGUUCAAAAGGGUAGAAAGAAGAUCCGUCCUGCCCAAAGAAAGUUAGGCGUGUUCGAUCUUCUCGAACCCCUACAGGACAGGCAUCAAGGGAAGUUCUCGAGUGCGACCAUCCCGAGCAAGAAAGAGGAGGAGUUAGCAGCUGUCGGUGUUUGUGGUGGUGGUUCUUUUUGCAGAUCGGUGGUGGUAGGUGUUAAUUAAGGAGUAUGAAUUCUGAUAGCAGAAGCAGAACCCGGAGCAGGAGCCCUAUGGAUCGUAAGAUCCGGUCUGAUCGCUUUUCGUAUCGUGACACACCUUACAGACGAGAGUCACAUCGGGGUUUCAGCCAAGGCAAUCUGUGCAAGAAUUGCAAACGACCUGGUCAUUUUGCCAGAGAGUGUAAUAAUGUGUCAUUAUGUCACAACUGUGGCCUUCCCGGACAUAUUGCUUCGGAAUGCUCUACAAAGUCAUUGUGUUGGAACUGCCGGGAACCUGGCCACAUGGCCAGCAGCUGUCCAAAUGAGGGCAUAUGCCACACUUGUGGCAAGGCUGGACAUCGUGCUAGAGAAUGCAUUGCACCACCAAUGCCACCUGGAGACUUGAGGUUGUGCAACAACUGCUAUAAGCAAGGUCAUAUCGCAGCUGACUGUACCAAUGAAAAAGCUUGCAACAACUGCAGAAAGACUGGUCACUUGGCACGUGAUUGUCCGAAUGAACCCAUCUGCAACUUGUGCAAUGUGGCAGGGCACAUGGCUAGACAGUGCCCAAAAGCAAACAUUCUAGGAGAUCGUGGCAGCAUUGGUGGUGGCGGUUUUCGUGGCGGCAGUGGUGGUGGAGGUGUUCAUGGGGGGAGUUACCGGGACAUUGUAUGUAGGAACUGCCAGCAGUUGGGGCACAUGAGCAGGGAGUGCAUGGCGCCAUUGAUGAUCUGUCACAACUGUGGGGGUCGAGGACAUUUGGCAUAUGAAUGUCCAUCUGGGCGGCUUAUGGAUCGCUAUUCUCGGAGGUAUUGAUGGUUGACCGAUCAUAUAAUGGCGAUGUUAUGUUUUUAUGUUUCCUUGAAACUGAUGUUGGUGAUUUAAAGGUUUAAAACUAAAUAGAUUGUGAGGUUCUGACUUAAAUUUUCAGGUGUGCCAUGAGUAGCAAUUGUUGAAAUUCUUAUUCGAAGUUAAUAAUCUGGUGACCCUUGUCCUUGUGUUGGAAUAGAGAAAUUUGCUAUUAAUGUUAAUUCAUAGUUGUAUGUUAAGCCUUUUGUGAGU